AUGGGUGCAGCAGCGGCGGCGGCGGUCGUGCUCCUGGGGGUGGUGGCGGCGGCGAUGGCGGUGGCUGCGACCACGGUCGGCACGACCACGACUAGAUCUCCGACGGGAAUGCCGCUGUAUAUGACAAAAGCUCCUAAGCUGGAUCGUGCGCACAAGAACAAGUUUUUGGUGGAAGCACCAUGCACACAAUACUGCAAAAAUGUCGUUUGGCAAUACAAGGAGGUGGGCGAUAGCACGUGGAAAUGGGCGGAUGCAGAGGCGCAUUCCAGCUUCCCGGACACGUUCUACCUGCGUCGCCUGCGCCCCGACACCCUCUACGUGCUACGUGCCCUGCUCAAGCCCAGCUUCGGCCCCGCGUACGCGGGCGACGUCAUACCCACGCUGGAAGCGCGGACCUGCCCCGAGCAGCCGCCGCCCGUGGAGAACCUGCGCGCGCACUCGGCGGGGCCCGCUGGCUGUGAGGUGCACUGGACCUCUGAUGAUGAAGCUUAA